AACAAUGAUGAAGUUUCACAGCAUGAAGAUGGAGGUGAUUAAUAAAAUCAUCAGAGAUUUAUGGCGGAGCAUGUACAGAGGACAAGACAUUGAGUAUGUGGAGAUACGCUCUGAUGUGGAUGAGAACACCUCCGCUGGCCUGAAAAGAAAGACCUAUAACUAUAGAGUUGUAAUGGUCAAAGGAGACACUGCUUUGGACAUGCAUGGACGUUGCAGUGCUGGACAAAAGGUUCUUGUCUCUCUCAUAAUAUGGUUGGCUCUGGCUGAGACCUUUUGCCUGAACUGUGGCGCCUAG